UGUGAUCAGAGUUUCAAAAAUGAGUAAAUUACGAAGCAAGAUAAAUUAUAAAAGUUUAGAAUUGGAACUUCAAGAAGCGCUUAAAGCAGAUGAAUUAUAUAAAUUACAAAAUGAAGCCAAAUUAAGAGCAGUUGAGCAAAAUGUGCCUAGAUACGAGGAUUUUAGACAGAUGGUACUGGCAGCCCAUCUGAAACCUUUAGAACAUACCGAUGUUCAACCUACAACAAAUGGCUCUUGGAAUCCUAUUGCUAAUAAAGAUAACUCAAACACAAUGCUAACAUUUGACAAACAAAAUAGAGAAAGAUUCAAGGAUGAUUUAAAAUUAUCAAAAGACAACAACAUUUUUGAAACACAAGUACCUACUACAUAUGAACAAUUUGUACGAGCUUGGCAAGCUAUUGAAACAUAUGAAGAAAAAUUUAAUUAUCUGCAGAAUAUAAGACACAAUUUGCGCGAUAAGAUAUUUUGGAUAGAAAUCCCUUCAACGUUACUUGUAGACAUAAUAAAUGUAUGUCUGCAAAGUGUUUCAAGCAGGGAUAACGUUCUAACCAUUAUUAAUAUUUUAAGUACUCUAAGUAAAUGCAAUAGGUUUUCUUUGGCAAUAAGUUUCAUGAGGCAAAACGAAAAAGAAACUUGUAUGAAACUUUUCUAUAAAAUGCUUGAUAGUGUAAAAGAAGAUAAAGUUCUUGAAGACACAGUUAAAACCAUAGGCUUAAUUUAUGGAGUCACAUUUGAAUAAUGAUAUGACUCAUAAAUUCACAAAAAUAAAAAUACAUUAUACGAUAGAAAAAAAACAAAAUGUAAAUUUGUGACCUGUCAUCAACAUGAUUCUUGAAAAUGUACUUUAAAAGAUAUAAGCAUGCGUGCAACGAAGAUAACACCACGUGAGUGACGAGUGUUUAACAUGGCCGCGUACACUGUAAUCUUUGUUCGAAACAACGCGAUCAAAAUUGACUGAAAGCUAGUUUAAGAAUCAAUCAGAAUUCCGACAGAUUUAAAUCUACUUUUGUUUGAAAUUAAAAUGACGCGAUCGCUUAGUUGCAAACCUUCUUAUUAUCGUUGUUUAAAUGACACUUCGCGAUGCGUACACCUACGUACGGGAGAAGAGCCAACCAUAUACAUGUAUGCAUGCACGGUACAUGUAUAUGUACACGUUUCGUAAACAAACAAGAUCGUUGAAUUGACCGAUAUAAUGUCAGUUUAUAGUGUAACUUGCAAUUUUUCUAACGAAGAAUUAGAAAAGAGAUGCAAGACUUAUUUACUAAAAACCGCGAUAUUAUUUAAUCAAAAAACAAAUUACUAAAUCGUAAACCUACGUACUUAUAGACGUAUGAUAUAUUUAGAUGGUGUAAGUUUUAGUAUCAUGUGACACGUACGAUAUAUCCUCCUAAGAAAAGCAAGAUUUAUCUAUAGCAAGUUUCGUCAUUGGAAAGAAUAUAUGUACGCAUCGUACGUAUAUAUUUAUAUACACAUUGUGCUAAUAUUUAGUAUAUUAUGAAGACCAUGAUAAUAAUCGUGUAUCUAUGGUAAAUUGGAAAGAAA